AUGGGAAACCUACCCCUUGUUGUGAAGCUUAAACGCUCCACCGGCGGUAUCAUGGUCACACUAUACAUGGUCUUCAUCUGUCUCGAGCAGAAUAAAGAUGGAGAAAAGCUCCACAAUCUAGUGCACAUCGGUUGCACUAGGGAAUGGAUGGUUCAGUGGGACUCACUGUACAAGCUUCGCGACGUAGCUAGAGAUAAUCGAAUCGGGAACGCAAGCAUCAAGGCUUGGAAGGAAUGGCACUACCAGCUUGUUGUGAUGGACACCGCUGCUGGCGACGGGAUAAAAGAGGAAGACAAACAAACAGCCAGGCUGGCGGCGAGAAUAGCCCUCCUUCUCGGAAACAGCGAUGCAGUUCCCGAGCCUGGGAAGAAAUUGCUUGGAGUGAAGUUGCACAUGGAACCAGCAGUCAUGGAACCAGCAACCAUGGAAUCAAACAUCACGGGGCCAGUUACGCCCCCAUCGACUUACACGUCCUCCUCGACCGAGUUCGACCUCCCACUGCCUAUACGACUCGAGAUUGAGUUGUCCAAUGAAACAACAGAUCAGGCAAAGAAGACCAUCGCCGGCAAUCUGAGCGAACUUCCCUAUGGGCCAGUACAAUUCUGGAAGCUGCUGUCGCGAUAUCACACAAUCGCCAAGUCUCGGUUCGAAGAAGUUCGUAAAAUUCUCGCCAGAGAGACCAACGAGCCAGCCCAACUCAUCCUGGACUCAAAAAGUGACGAAGUCACGAUCCCAUCCUUGGUGCAGGAGAUUGUAUACAAUUUGGAUCUGGUGUCACAAAUUGUUGUGGAAAUUGAGAAGGAAGUCCUGCCCUCCGUCGGAGUGGACGUCAUUCUCGAUCUCUCGUCACUGGUCCCAAACAUAUUCCUCCGCGAGUGCCGGUUGUGGUCAAUGCUGAACACCAAGGAGUUCCACUGCAGCACACACCUCGGACAGUCAUUCCGACAGCUGGAGUGGGCACAUGUCGAAGCCUUCCCUUGCUGUAUGUUUUGCAAAACGACACAUGCUUGGGAUGAGGUGAUGAACCCGAGGACCCUCGAAUCAGUCAACAUCAGGCUGCGGCGACGGGAGGAUUGCCCACAUUCUUGCGCAGAGGUGGUCACAAGUGGGUAUUGUGACUACAUUACCCAUCAAGGAAUACAAUUGUAA